CGCCGGCUCGCCAUCAGUGCCGGGCGGGCGAGCGUCGCGACUGUACUACGGAGCGGAGCGAUGUGUGCUUGACUCGUAAAGUUUGAGUGCGUGAACAAACUUGAAAUUGGAAAAUAAACAGAAGACGGUUGUGUUUGGAAUAUGACAGUUGAGAAUGCGAGUCGGGUGUAGUGUUGUGGGUCGGUAGGCAAGAUAUCGAGCGCGGGCCGAGGCGGCGGCGGCGGCGGCAUGGUGCUGGAGGGCGGGCUGCCGGCGCCGCUGCAGCUGUACGCGGCGGCGGCGGCGCAGCUGGCCCCGCGUCCGGCGUGGCCGCCGUUCCUGCCGUUUUUCGGCGUGCCGCCGCCGUUCCUGGCGCGGCCGCGGCUGCCGCACCCGAUGCCGGCGCGCGCGCCGCACGGGCCGCCCAGCGAGGACUCUAACGAAGACGGUGGCAGCAGUAAAGGUGGCAUUGGCGACGACGACGGCGACAGCGGCAAGCGAAGACGCUCGCGCACCAACUUUAACUCGUGGCAGCUGGAGGAGCUCGAGAGGGCCUUCCUCGCCUCCCACUACCCCGACGUGUUCAUGAGGGAAGCCCUCGCGAUGCGGCUGGACCUCAAGGAGAGCAGAGUCGCUGUAUGGUUCCAGAACCGCCGAGCGAAAUGGCGUAAGAAGGAACACACCAAGAAAGGACCAGGGCGGCCGGCGCACAACGCCCACCCUCAGUCCUGCUCCGGGGAACCCAUACCUCCUCAUGAGCUGAGGGCCCGCGAGAGGGCGAGAAGAAGAAAGAAGCUGGCGAAAGCACUAGACCGGCAGGCGAGGAAGCUGCGGGCUAAGGGCAUUGCGGUAGACCUGGAGGCGCUGAAGGCUGAGUACCUGGCCCAGCAUCGGAAUAGCGGCCUGUACUCUGAUUCAGAUGGAGACGGCGACGGCGAGGAGUGCAUGAUCGACGUGGUAGGGGGAGACUCCUGCCACGACUCAGGACCUGAAGACUUCUCGCUGUCAGGGCGGCUGCGAGCGCCCUCUGGCGCUGACGGCAUCAACAACUCCGACAGCUCGACCUCAGAUGCUCAUUCUGGCAGGAACUUCAGCCCCCUCCCCGACCCUCAACCUUCGUUCUUCAAACAGUUCGGCAACCCCGCCGUCGCGUUCGACAAAUUCGACUUCGAUUCCGGACGAGCGGUCUCCUUAGACCUCAGCGGCGGAGGCACGGCCACCGAGGACCUCUCCAAAAAUGGCGGCACCAGGAAAUACAACCCGUUCAGUAUAGAUUCCCUUCUUAAUACGUGAAAGUGACUGACAGUGACGUGACUAUAGAGGCUCUCCGAUACCACCCAGUGACUCUCAGAUUCCGGCAUUUCGUGAGAUGUUCCUUUGCUUUAACGUUAAUAAAUUGUUAAUUAUCAUUAGUUUUAAUCGGCUUCAGUAAUAAAGACUUGAUAGGUACCAUAACAACAUAUCCAGUGUGAAUAUUAGAUGUAGGCGACUGUAUUAUAUAGUUGUAGUGUAUAUAGACCACUCCGCAUAUUUAUUUUCGACUUGUUAAUAAUUUCUACUUUGAUUCGGGGCAAUAAUUUUACUUAAUGUUUGUUGAUAAUGUGGUAUUUUAUUUUUUGUACGAUUUAUAAAUUUUAUUGAGCUGAGACUUAUAGAAGUGUGUCAUUUUAAGAUAAUAUUUUUAAAUCUG